AUGAAUGUCCUCAGAAGGAAGAAAAAAUCCGGCAAGUACACAGUGGGUUUAACCAACCGAGCCAAUGACUGUUUUGCUAAUUCGAAUAUUCAAGCUCUGGCAGCUGUUCCGGGGCUGGUGGACUAUUUGCUGCAGCUCAACGCUGCCGCUAUAGCACUUAGUAAUCCAGAUGCUGUGAGGAUGUCUGUACCAGGAACAUCUGUGCCAGGAAAUACGACUGCCGAGAAAAGAAAGUUGGCAAGCUCGACUGAGAAAAGUCUUCCUCAGACACCCGACUCACAACCUGCUGUAGCAAUUGCUGAUUCUCCGGCUGCUGGUGGUACCGCUACUCCAGCAUCCUCUGCUAAAACUAAUACCAAUAACUCUGGUGCUACAACUGAUAUUCCAACAAGACCUACAACACCAUCUGCCCAAAUUGCGACUGCUGUCACACCAAAGUCGCCGUCUGGAGGGUAUGGAGCCAGUAUGCCUGCAUCAAACGCACAAACACUGACGCCUCUACUAUCAAAUGCAUUAUUGAGAAUAAUUAAAGAGUUAAAUGAACCUAUUCUGGUUCCUAAGACUCUGUCACCAUGGACAUUCCUUGGCGUGCUUGAAAAAAUAUACAAGUCUCGUAUAUCUCGCAACCAGCAUGAUGCACAUGAACUGCUCCACCUUAUCCUUGAGACACUUGAGAAUGAGUACGACAAAAUAGUCAAAGAAUCACGGUCACGAACCGAGAAACAGUCUAUAUGGGGUAACAUUGCAGCCUCUCACCCAUCACCACUUGAGGAUGCCGAGUUGGAAAGUGAGCAAGAAGCACCCAAGUCGUUUGCAUUUUCAGGAUCCACAAUCGACCGAAUCACAUGUUCGCGAUGUGGAUACUCUCCACCAGCCACCCCAUCUGCAUUUUUAGUGCUUUCAUUGAUGGUACCACAGAAAAAGUCUGCACAACUAACGGAUUUGCUUGACGGAUUAUCAAGUCCUGAGUAUAUCCAAGACUACGGAUGUCAACUGUGUCGACUUAAGCAUGCGAGUAUGAUGAAAAAUGGCGACCAGUUCAAACAAUACUUAUCUGAUCCCUCGAAGCUUCCAUCUGAGUUGGAAGACAAACUACCGAAGAACAUUGUUAGCCCAAUAGCCAAGUCGACUAGAUUCCAUAGGCUUCCUGAUGUAUUGGCUAUUCAUCUAUCACGAUCUAUAUACGGUGGGUUUGGUGCAUCGCGUAAUUCGUGCAAGGUAUCUACCAAAGAGUUUAUCGAGUUAACAGAGAAUGAAACUGGAAACAUUAUAAGAUACAAGCUCAUGGCCAUGAUUCGUCACAAAGGUACCCAUCAGAUGGGCCACUAUGAGUGUUUCAGGCGUAAGAAUUUAGAUACAUGGCGUGAUAUUCUACAAAUGUUGGAUGAGGAUGAAAAGGAUCGAGAAAUUAAAAAGGGACUGCGACUUCACAAACAGCAGACACCGUCUGUGUCAUCAUUUCAAGGAUCUGGGACUGGAACUGGAACUGCUCAAUCAGCCACUCCAACACCUAGACAACUUGCUACAACAGCUAGCACCGCUGGUACGAUAAGUGCUAAUUCGUCUCCUCGUCUAGACUUGGCCACUGGUGCCAUUAAUGGUAACUAUGGAGGUACGGCCGCAGUGCCUACGGCUACAGCGACUCCAGUGGCCUCGUCGCCUACUAUUGCUUCAAUGAAUUCAUCCAAUUCAAGCUCUGGAGCCUCGUCGUCCAUCACCACUAAAUCAUCUGCUACUGAGAUCACGAACUACACGAUGUCCACGACACCAUCAUCUCCAUUGACAACGAUAACGACACCAUCUUCGUCAAUCCCUGAAACUGCAUUCUCAUCCUCGGCAACCACUGGGGACUCUCAAUCACCUGCUCCUUCACUUGCAUCUGAUAAUGUGACGUUAUCCAGCGCAUCAUCAUCCAUUUCUGGGGUAUCCGCGGCAUCAGCUCCUCUUCGACUGACUGCUGAUACACCUUCAUCUCCGGCGCUCUCACCUCCACCAUCAGCAAUUCCCCUGCCAUAUCCAGCAGACCGGUCGAUGCCAUCUCCAGCAAGUGUGUCAAUCAGCGAAUUUGCUUCAGCAGAAAUUAGUCUUGACGCAAUUCGUGCUGUUCCGCUGUCAGCGGCUACCUUGAAUGGAACAAAACGCCCAGUCUUCACGGCUCCGACAACCCCAACACGCUCGCCAACGCCCACCCUCCUCUCUGUACAACAAAACGUCUCGCCGCCAAGUCACCACGAAUGGUGGAAGGUCAGUGAUGACAAGGUAUGGGAGUGUACUACUAAAGAAGUUCUCCGCGAAGAAUCGGGUGCAUAUCUCCUCUUCUAUGAAAGACUUACAUAA